AGUAAAUCAGUGAGGAAAAAUUCAAAAGGAGUAAAAGUCAACAAGGAACGUUUUACAAGAGGAACAUGUUAAGCGGUUACCCUACGUGUGACUAGCACAUGCAUAUCUACGAUCUGGGAAUCUACCAAAUCACUCCUUGGUAUCUGGGGCAGGGUGACUUGAGCCAGAUACCCAGAUACUCGCUCGGUGAAAGGACGCGUGUCAUUGUACAACAGUCCCACGCUCUGGGUUCACUGAAGUACUGAUGCAUAUUUUAAGGGAUGUAAUGUCGACGUGUGUUAAGUCUAAUUUCUGAUAAAUCAAUUUUGCCGAAAAUGGGAGAGCGGGUGGACGACCAGGGCAGCUAUGUACCAGGUAUAAUCGGCAACUUACCCCUCCUCCUUGAACAAGACGACCACCAAUUUAAAAGCAACACAUACAGACAAAGCAUCGAUUCAGGUCACGGAAGUGUUCCUGAUGAAUUUACCAUUGUCAAGCUUACAGUAUUCGAUAUGAGAACACAGAGCAAUGCGUAUGUCAAAGGAGAUCUCAUUCGCUGUACAGGUAUAGAUGAUGGCAUCAAGAGUCAUUUAGGAGAACAAAGUCAUAUUUGUCCCGGUAACACAGUUAUCAGAGAGUUUCAAAAUAAAAAGAUUGCCAUAGUCGUUUCCGUUGACCAGCUGCAAGAACUGCAAGUUGUAUUUAUGGUAAUAUCUGGCUGUGACCAGUAUCCUGUAUGCAUUAGUAUGAAACAGAAUGAAAAUAUUUCGGACUUAUUUGGCAUACAUUAUGAUGAAACCGGGCGUCGUGUUGACGCAGUGUAUAUACAAGGCGAUGAGAAAACAACUUGCAAAGUUCUGAAAACUGGAGAGUUCGGCGAACUUGCUCUGCUUCAGUUCGAUAGAUUGAAUUUGUUUCUUGACGAACAGUUAGAGAUACGCAUUCAUAGAUUUCUUGAAGAAAAGCGAGAAGAGAUCUUGUAUGUUAACUGUUUCAAAAGUGACACCAUCAACCUAUUAAGAUCUAAGCUGAAAAUAGAGUUCGCGGGCCUUUACCAUAGAGGAGUCACGUUUCAGUUUAGUGAUUCUGGAGAUGUUCUCCAAGGAGACACAUUAAUAGGACAGAUUGGCGGAAGGAAUAUUAUCAUGGACAAAAGUGAACCAUAUGAUUUGACUCUAUUUUCUACUCGUUCAGACACCAUACUCGUGAACUUUAAGUUUGAUGAACGACCUUAUAGGACAAUUAUCAACAAGGAUGAUACGAUUGAAUGUCUAAAGCAAUCUAUUUCGAAGAUCAUUCAUAAACCUGCCGUGGGUAUGAAGCUCUCACUUGGUGAAAGGAAUUUGACAGAUUUGAGAAAGGUUUCAGAUCUGCUAAAAGCAAGACCAAAAGGAUUGUUUUUUGUUGAAAUGAGGACACCACGGGAAGUGACUUUUAUACAUACGAGUAACAGCGGCGAAACUACCAGUCAUAAAGUAACAGCUUUCAAACCAGAAACACUCGAAGACCUAAAAAGUAAACUUGCAGUUCGAAUGGACAUUGAUCCAUUCUUUCUUCAGUUGUACAGAAAUGGAUCUGUUUUGGGUGGCAGUGCAACCGUCCGGGACUUAACAAGUGACGAGGAAAUAGAAGUUGUAGUUCAUUCUCACCGUAUACGUUUGUUUGUGAAGACCCCUGAAAAUGCCAAGACAUGUAUUAUUGAUGACAGUCAUACCUUCACCGUUCAUCAGCUACAGCAGUUUCUCAGCGGUCUUUUUAACAAACACUUGGAAACAGUAGGUGUUGUUUAUGAUAGCAAAACACUUGAUCUGUCCUUAACGUUGAAUGCAGCUGGACUUAAGCACGAAUGUGAGUUAUCAUUAACAAAUCCUUUGAAAAAUGAGACAGUAUCAAACGUUGAUUCCAUGGUGGACACUAGAGAUGGUGAAAUGGAAGGACUGAUGGAUGUUACUGAUCAAAGUCAGGACCAGCCUGGAGACCUUAUGCAUGGUUCCAGACAUAAAGCCAUGCACACGAAAGCAACAGUUCAUGGCAUAAGGGAGGAAAAAACAUCAAUCGUAUCACACACAGGGACAUUGAAGAACCCAACUGAACGCACCAUGAUCACUACACCCCAACCGACAGCUUUGCCCGUACACAUGACAACAUAUGACUUAAUGUCUAUUCCAACGCCGAGAGCAGAAACUGCAACAUUUAAAACUCCAGGCAAUCCCUGGACAUUCCCAAAGUGUCCGCAAAAUGAGAACCAACAAUCAAUUCGUGAAUCACAAAACCCUGAAAUGUCAUCAGUUCAUCAAAAAGCUCGGCCAAUUACCUUUCAGAUGCAGAGGGACAAUGGUGGCAAUACUGCGCAAACGGGGUAUUUUGAAAGAGUUACUAGUACAUCUGUGUACGAACGUUUUCCAUCACAGCCUUCUGACACGCCAUUGUCCUUGCCCGUUGACCUCAACCAACUAUCAUGCACGUCGCAAUUGGUACGUCAUCAAGGUUAUGAUAUGCGCGACGCCAUACCGUCUUCAUCAUCCUUGCCGUCAUUACUACAAGAUCCAACCGAUGCUGUUCCGGGAAGUAUCCUUAACGCUCUUGCUGGGAGGCUUGGAAAUGACUGGUAUACAUUUGGACUGCAUCUUGGACUUGAGACACACCAGCUGGACGCUAUCAAACAUAAUCAGAGGGACGAUCUGAGGAAUCAAGCUUUCAGUAUGCUUAACCAGUGGAAGUUAACUCAAGGGAGCAAAGCGACUCAGCAAAGGCUAUGUGAAUUGUUAAGAAAAUGUGAACUCACAGCUCACGCAGAAUCCAUUGAGCAAUGUUUGGAAUAAAUUCAAUGAGACAAACCAGAAAAUAAGUGUCCGUAUGGGGAAACGAGAGGCCUGAAAUAUAUGUAUAAGGUGGUUCGAAUAUGGAUCACAACGAUAGAGCAUGUAUUUUUUAUUCAACAUUCCUAGUAUGGCUGAAGCUGUCAAUAUCCUGAGAUUCCGUGAAUUUCCGAGAUUUAAAUAUCUCGUAAUUUCCAGAUCAUCUCAUGGUUGUAGUUGUCGGGAUUCCAUGAGAUUCCAAAGGUGAAAUAUCCCAUAAUGUCCUAAAAGUUCCCAGGGUUAACGACCCGUGAAGAUCCGGGGAAGAAUAGGUCUUCAGCAACCCAUGCUUGCCCUAAAAGGCGACUAACGGGAUCGGCUGGUCAGGCUCGCUGACUUGGUUGAUGCAUGUCAUCGUAUCCCAAUUG